AUGAUGAACUAUAGCAGAAGUGGUUGGUGGAUUUUACCUUCGGAUUUCCCCAACGGGCUCCACUACGCGAUAUUCUCGCACUCUUUCUUAGAUUCUAUCGGGCACAUGCAACGUCUCAACAUCAUCGGUCGGAACUUUAUUCAACAUUUAACGUUUAUCUUCCACCACUGCACUGUGGACUUUGACUUUCCAUACGGCCAAUUUGAUAGCAAUAUUCCUGUUGCGCAACAGUUUGAAGCUUUUGUCCCAAGUGCGAGAGCAAGGGCCUCCCUUCUCCGGGUAAUGCAUACUGCCCCUCUAGAAGUUCUUGUUUUGGAAGGUAUCAACGAAAUCGCGACCACCUUUUCCAACCUCCUCGGCUUGACGUUGAUCAUUCGGGCCAAUGAUCGGCAGAAGGAAAACAAAUCUGUGACAUGGCCCCGGGCGUCGGCCGUAUCUCUACGCCUCCGACACUUUGGCUGGAACUUCUGCAUUGACGUCAUGCAAUGCGUUCCGAGCGGCUUAGUUCUCCUUGAAAUUGGCUUCGCCACGAUCGAGGAGGUACAAGCGAACCUCAGGGACCUUGUCAAGAAGGUAGAACGAUGGGAACCUCCUAUUGCUGGCUUACGUCUUGAAGAAGCAGAAGGCUAUCUCAAGCUCGCGGUACAGAUUGAAUUAGCGUCCAAGGGAUAUGUCGGUGAAAUUAUCUUCAAUAUCGUGUUUCCCCUCUUCAUCUCAAUUGAUUUUCAGGUUGAAUUGGUAACCCCCGGCCUGAAAAUUGGCCAAAAGUGCCGGCGGAAGUGGUCAAUAUCGAGGUACACACUCUUGCCGGCGUCCUCCUCGUUCUCCACGACGUCCAGCUCGACGAAAGUGUUCCCCAGAACGUUGACAAAGCGAUAUACCCGCAUCCUCCUCUGCCUCCUCGUAUGCAGCAUCGUCUACGUCCUCCUGCCUUCCCGCUCCGUCUCACCACCUCCUUCCCUCUUACCUUCUUCCCCGCCGACGCAUAUACCCCCAUAUCCGACGCCUCAAGACCUGCCACCGACCGCAUCGAAUACUCCGCCUUUGUACGAAGCUUACACGGCGUAUGAGCACCAAUUAGGUGCGGAUGCUCUCAACGCAAGCGCAGAGCCGGAGGGGAGAUACAUAUUCUUUGCAAACCACGGCUCAGGUUGGGGAUGGGGAAACGCGUUGCAGGAAAUCGUGGUCACGGCGCACCUGGCGUGGAGCGCGGGGAGAGGCUAUGUAUAUGACAACUACACAUGGGACCGAUAUGGCCCUGAAUAUUCUCUGUUUAAUGGGAAUUCGUUCAUACCAUCCCGCGUACCCUUGUCGACGAUGAUAGCUGGACACAUCGUCGGCUUGCCCCCCGAUAAUUUAACUACCGCACCCGAUACGCCACGCGCAAUUCCCCACCCGCUCUAUGAGUCCAUCUGUCCCCCUUCUUCACGCGUGUAUAUAUCAACCGAGGAAAUGCGAACGACCUGGAUUGACCGCAAUGCGUGGUUAGAUGACAUAGAGGAGGAUAUGUACGACGACUACGAUAGUUUCGAUUCAACUCCGUCUUCAAGCGGAGAAGAUGCAUCCGCGCACCAACUUCUGUCGGCGUGGGUGGCCCGCUUGAACGAACCGGACUUGAGAGAUGCGCGCUGCGUUGAGGUGAAGAAGGGGGAGGUCAACGUCUUUGAUAUUUGGCUAUUCGGCUCCAAACGCAUACAGGACAUCUGGCCCUCCCUCUCGCGUUCCCCCGUGCUCACCCAAUGGGCAUGGUCCCCGCUCAUUCACCGCGCGUUCGAAAAAAACAGACAAUUUUUUGAAGGGCCAAACUUCUCGUUUAAAAAUUCUUCUUCCGCUUCCAAUUCCUCCUCGCCUUCAAAUUCGGCUGGUCCAUCACCAACCCCUUCUACAGAUAUUAUCGACAAGACCAACACCCCACUGCCCCUCUUAGCCCUCCACCUUCGACGAGGGGACUUCAUCUCCCACUGCGCCCAUCUCUCCAAUUGGAAUUCCACAUUCACGGGAUUUAAUUCCUUCCCAGACAUGAGUCUCCACACUGGGGACGCAUUCGUCGUUCCGCGCGUUGUGGAGAGUAAUGUUAGCGCUAAUUCGGCGGGGAAUUCUGAAGGGGGAUUUACGUCUAGGGCAGGGAAAUCGUUUACUACUCACCCAACCGUGCCAACCAUGGAAGCCAAACGGAAGGUUUAUUACGAUCAUUGUAUUCCUGAUGUCGGGCAGGUGGUGAGGAGGGUGAGGGAGGUCGUGCAGGAUUAUUUUGCCUUUGUUGAGCAGAUGGAGAGAAAUGCGUUGGCUGAGGAGAUGCGGAAGGAGGGGUGGUUUAGGUUUUUGGUUUGGCGGAAGGGCGGGAGAACAGUGGGGCUUGAAGGGAAGGGGGAUGGGGGACGAACGAAGUGGAGUGGGUUGCGCGGGGUGUAUAUUAUGAGUAAUGGGGAUCGAGCGUGGUUGGAGGAGGUUCGGACUGCUUUGAAGGAGGACGCUUUGAGCGGAUGGGAAGUGGCCCUUGGGGAUGGGGAGGUUAGAAUAGGAGAACCCUGGGCCUGGGACGGGAUAGCAACUAGCAGGGACCUCCAACUUGGAUGGGAAGAGAAAUACGUAGCGCAGGCGCUAGAUAUGUAUGUCGCGCAGAGGGCGGAGGUAUUCAUUGGAAACGGGUUCUCCAGCCUCACUUCAAACGUCGUCAUGCUCCGGAAAUUUGCAGGACUCCAACCCAUACAAACACGAUUUUGGUGA